ACUGCCGUCCGAACUGGACCUGUUUGAACCCCGUUCCUGUUGUUGUUGCAUCGUUGGACGUUUUCUACGUUUCUCUGACACUACUGGCUGACGGUUGACCAAGAUUCGUUCCAGUGUUUUUGUGGCCGUUGUGGAGGAAAAAGAUGUGCGAAUGAGGCUGAUCUUGCGGUGAUUUUUCUUUUACGCGUUUCCAGAUUUGUGUGAUAUACGGUUGCCUGCAUAUGGAUGAGCGAUAGAAGAGCAAACGUGUUCGUCGGGAUGCUGUUAGGUGGUGUCUUGCAACAGUUGUACACUUUGUGCAAGAAUCUUAUUUUCGGGAGCAAUUAGAGUUGUCAGGUUGAGCUGGAAGAAAGAUAAUUUGCUUUUGUGGCUUUUGGUUGGAGAUUCGUGUUUGAAGAGAGCGCGUUUUUUCCCCCUUGUGUCCAAGGUGUCCAUAAUUUUUUGUCUAAGAAGUGGUUGACCCAAAUUUGGCCUUGAAAGUGUGUGACCCACAGUGGUGAAGUGAAUAGUUUGAUCAAUGAUCUACGAAUGUAGGAAAAGAAUGAUUCGUGUUUCCGAAUGAGAUGAAAAUCGACAAUUGAAGUGGUUUACAAAAGGUGUGAUAAGAGGAUGUGUAUUAAUACUAUCCUGUUCAAGAUGGAUAGCAUCAAGCGCCAGUUAGGGCUUGGAGACGGUCGUUGGUGGUUUUUCCCGGGAAGAGGUUCUCCCACAUUGUUGCUCUAUGGCGUUCUGCUGAUCAUAGCUUUGACUCCCGGAGGAUCAGUCGAAGGAUACCGUGUGCAAAAAAGAGAGACGAACAGUUGCUACUACAAUGGGACCCACUUUAUGGAGGGAUCGAUUGUUCCCACGAAGGAACCUUGUCUGAUGUGCAAGUGCCAAAGCAAAACGUUGAUCUGCGCGCUGAAAGUUUGUCCGGAACAACCCAUCCCACCACCACGUGGUUGCAUCCUCGUGCACAAGAGUGGCUCCUGCUGUCCUUACCUGCAGUGUUCCAAGCUUCAUUUGGCCACGAAGAACAGUGGCGAUCGAAAGAAAAUUCAUUUCCUAGAUUACUAUGAGAAGGAAGCUCAAGAACGACUAUCGAACCCCAAUUCCUACCUACGGAGAUCUGACGAUGAUGAUGUUGAAGAAAAUGGAGCAUGCAUUAUCAACGGCACCGUGUACAAGUCAGGCUCCGCUAUGACUUCAUCUUCGCUAUGCUCAUACUGCUACUGUAUCAAUGGUAGUCAAAAGUGUGUAAAGCCUAAAUGUGCCCUGCCCAAUCCACGCUGUGCGCCCAUAUUUAUCGAUUCGGCUUGCUGCCCUAUCCGAUACGACUGUACUGGGAAAACACCAAUCAAGGAAGUAACAUCUACCGAAUCACCGAAUCUCGUUCGCAGAAUCAACAACCGCCAUUACCUGCGGACAGUUGAACGAAAGGGAGUCAAGACCAUUGGAUGUGCGAUUGACGGGAAAAUGUAUCCAGAAGGAGAACGUAUUAGUAACCAAGAUCCGUGUCAAGUGUGCUUCUGCAUCCGCGGAGCGCAGAAAUGUACCCCCAAGAAGUGUGCUCCAACUAUUAAAGGAUGUACGCCCCGAGUACCCCGAGGAGAAUGUUGCGCGGUGCGGUACGACUGUAGUAAGUUCUCAACAGGAUCUCGAGUGUUCCGUAGUUCGGUUGAUAACUCAACGCUCGUUUCAGAACACGGUGACCAGAAGCGACUGAGUUCUCGGAAGAUUGAGGAAGAAGAGGAGCCGUUUGACUUCUUUUCUAUCCUCUUCGGCCCGGACCCGGAUGAACCGAAACCGGAGGUGAAGAAUGCUACCGAGCCGGUAGUUACGGAGGCAACUCCCGUGAGUUCGACAUCGGAGAAGAGCUUCUUUGACUUCUUGAAGGCUGGUUUGGAGUUUAUUGAUAGCAAUUCGGACGAUUUGCUGGAAACGACGGUGAAUUCUGCGCCGACGGAGAUUAUCCCUACUACAGAGGGUACGGUUGAAGUCCAGACGGUGCGAGUGGAAAUCGUUCGUGAGCCACAAACGGUCUACAUCGAGAAGCCGGACUUUAAUUUCCCGGUAAGGACUACUUUAUCUCCAAUCAAGAGGAUCAGCACUACCCGUAAACCUAUUGCAAGUGCGACGGCAUCUACUACGACGACCAGAUCAACAACCACUACUACAACGACGACAAGUCCACCAUCAACAACAACGACGAUUACGACGACAACAACCACGCCGGCUCCUACCACUACCACAACUACAACCGUCGCCCCAACUACAACCCCAGCCACAACUACAAACCCAGCCACAACUACAACCCCAGCCACAACUACAACUCCAGCCACAACUACAUCUCCAGUUACAAGUUCAGUUGCCUCUUCGGAGCCAACGACGGCUGCAGUUCGACAAAAAGAAAAGCAAAAGAUCCCGGUUGCGAUCGAGCUGACCAAAGCGGAACCUGAGUUCCAGGAUCUAGAAUCAGACUCCCUACUGAAGGAAAAUAUAACUGACGUGUCGAAUUCGCUCGCUGAUCUAGAAUCAUCGGAAGAGUAUUCCGAUUCAGACGAAUUCCGGACAAGCGAUGAAACAUCAACGGUCAAGAGCGCGGAAACUGAAACCCUUGCCUCGACUACCGACAGUGCCGAGCGGUCGUCGUCAGAAGAUCCGAUGAUGACGGAGAGUGGAACGACGGCUACACCCAUUGACGUUGUUAUCAAGGUGGAUGAUUCCAUUAGCAGUUCGGCCGUGGAAUCGAUCCUAAGCUCGCUAAAUGCCAAAAUAGAAAAGGUUGAGCCACUGCCUGCAACGACGAUGAUUGCAAUGAAACGACCCAAUAACAAGUUUGUCGGUUUCGAGCUCGAUAAGAUUCCUACGACAGUGGUUACCACAAUGACGACAUCCUCGACGGUACCAUCAUCCACCGAAGAAAUGUCUACAGAGAGUAGUGAGGUCACGACUGAUAGGAGUACCGAGGAAGCGAUAACCACGGAAGCAUCCGACAGAGAGAAUGAUUCCAGUGAGGAAUCAACGGUGGAUUACAAGAAUGAUGAAAUGUUGGUUGAAGAUAUGAUGACAACCGAGUCAUCAGUUGAGACAACGACGGCAGAACAAAUUGAAGAACAAGAGACGGCGGAAACAACCACAGUUGGUUCUUAUGAUGUGACAUCAACCGUAGCGACGACUACAGUCGUGGACGACGAUAUAAUGGAAUUCAAGAGCGAGAGUGAAACUGAGCUUCCAGUUACGGAGCAAGAUAUGGUCCAAACAACGACGGAGCUUCCAGUGACUACUACCACCCAGAAGAUCAAGACAGUUACCCUCAAGAACACAACCAAGCCGCUAGUAACCAAAGAAAAUAACCUGCUAUCAGUUCUACUGACGGAACUUUCAAACAUGUUUGACUCAACGAGGAACGAUUCCGGUAAACAGAAUGUCAAAAAUCGUACCGAACAUCGACCAGUAACGCCGAAACCGAUCCCAAUCGGAGAGUUUCAUCGACCCAGCAGUAUACCGUCGAUUCUCGAGUCUGACAUCGAUCUAGACUACAGCGAACCCACGCUUCCGCCUAGUCUUCCAAACUUGAAAAUCAUUCCGUUCCUCCCAGCAGAUGCUGUCAAAAAGAAUGAGGCUCAGAUCCCCCUGGCCGCUCCGUACGACUUCUACAAACCCAACCCAACCAAUUAUCCGAUCAUCACUGAAAGCUACGAGCCGUAUGGUGUUCUUUCCGAUCAUGAAAUUCAUCCCGGAAUGCCGUUCAAACCUCCAAAGUACGAUUACAGCUAUGAUCAGUCGUUGGGAUAUUCGGCACUUACGGAGAACUACGACUUGGAUGCCAAGAGCAAUCAUUAUAACACGAAGAUCAUUCGCGAUAAGUACGAUACGAUUGCUGACACAGACUACGAGUACGAUACGGAUGCUUUGGCCAAGUAUGAUAUUCAUGCCAAAAAAGAACUGUUUAAAAACGAACUGAAAAAGUUCAUCCCGACCAAGUACGAGGUGCCACAGGAGGGAACGUACAUUCCCGUGUAUGACAAGUACGGAGUUGGAUAUCCGGAGAAGAACGUGUACUAUUCGAAUCACAAGGAAACGUACGAACCAGUUGUGUACAACACGAAGAUGGAGAUUAAUACGGAGCAUCCAUUGUUCCGAUUGGAAGAACAAUCGGCUGGCAGCAGUGGAUUCUCGCCACCUACGAAAACCGAAGGUGGAUUCUUGCCAAAGGAUCACAUCAAGGAGGACUUCUACUACGAACCGUACGUCACGACUGCCUUCCCGAUUGAGCUGCCGACAGACACCACCAAGUCACCGUACAAUACUACAGCUGCUACCUUUGGAGCUACGCCAGCAAAUCCCUUUAUUGAUGUUAUACGUCCGGAACCGGCGCCGCCGUUGAUGAGUCUCAUCGAGGACAAAGAGAAACUGUUCUCCGUGUACCAUUCGGUUGCCAAGAACAAUCAUUCUACGUUGGAUGAUCUAUUGGAUAACGAUACCGUAGAUAGCUCGGAAUACGAUAAGCAGAUCAUUUCGAUCACAACGGAUGCCAACUACCUGUCGACGAUUGGAAACUCGUUAGAGAAAAUCAACGAAGCUUCCAGUAACGAGGGUGCAUCGGCUCUGCCGUUGCGUAGUGAUGUGGACUACACAGGGCUCCCGAUGGAAAUGGAAACCACCCAAACGGUGCGAAACUCCACCGAACCAGAACCGAACGGUAUGUUCAGUCUGGAGAAUGUACUGAAUUAUUUGUUCCGUGAAGAAGAGCAACAGCAUGUCAACGGGGUGCAGAAUGCUACCCCUACAACGCCUGGCCUUAUGAAUGGAGUUCCACCGUUCAAAACCAUCAAAUCUCACAUGGGAAGUGUUUAUAGUUCGCCAACGAGCAUAGAAGCAUCGCUAGGAGAUGUUCAGCAUCAUGCGGAAGAUGAGGAGCAGCAUGACGGUACGGUAACUCUCAAGGUGGAAAGUGAACAAAACGGUUCCAAAGACCUGUACAGACCUUCUCUGAUGGAUCUACCGUUCCUGAAUCCCAUUUUCCACUCCACCAGUGGAAGCGGUGCACAGGAGGUUGAGCUUAAGAAUGACAUCGACCGAUUUGGGUUUGAUCCGGACGCAGAACACUAUCAGGUGAUAUCGGAUGGACCGCCGAAUACGAUUCCGAAUUCGGAGACCUACGUGGUCAACCCGGUGGACAUCAACAAACUGAAGCAGCAUCACUCCGAAGGUACGGCGGAGAUUACGAUGAAGUCCAAGGUGUACAGCUUGAAGGAUACCGUUGGCAUCUUGAAGCUGGCCGGUUGUAAUAUCUACGGCCGGAUGUACAGGGUUGGAAGGAUAAUCUCCGAGCUGUCCGGACCGUGUCUGGAGUGUAAAUGUACCGAAGUGGGAGUGCAUUGUACGCCACUGAACUGUUGAGAGGAUGAUUGUUGAGCGAGCUUGGAUGAAUGAGUUGUGAGUGAGCAAGUAUGAGUCCCUGUGAUUUUCGUGAUAUUAUUGUAGUGUUUUAAGUAACUGCGUAAAUCUUAACGAAUGUAGAUCGUCGUUAAGAGUUCGAAAUGGUUUACCGAGCGAAUGUGACACAGUAACCGUACUUAAUUUAUGUUGAAACUACGAGCUAGCUUGCGUAAGUAGCCGAUAAGUUAUGAGAAUAUGAUUCGUUAUGAAUCGCGGUAAUAGGUAGUUGGCGAAGAUUAAAAUCAGAU